UCUAUUAUAUUGUACUUUCUUUCUUGGUUAGAUGGUGUUAUUUUGAUCACUUACAUUAAUUCAGAGACGAACUCAGGAUUUAAAGUCGGUGGUAUAUAUAUAGGUCGUGGCUGGUCAUUCUUGUUUUUUUCCCUCCUUUUCUGGGUGAAAGAUUAGCCAAGUGAUCAAUUUUUGAGCUAUAUAAAGUUGAAAAGGAAAUGGUUUCAUUGCCUCCUGGUUUCAGGUUUCAUCCCACAGACGAAGAACUUGUUGCUUACUAUUUGAAAAGAAAGAUCAAUGGUCGCAAAAUUGAACUUGACAUCAUUCCUGAAGUUGAUCUUUACAAAUGUGAGCCUUGGGAUUUACCAGGGAAGUCACUAUUGCCUAGUAAAGAUCUUGAAUGGUAUUUCUUCAGUCCCUGUAACCGUAAAUAUCCGAAUGGAUCGAGGACUAACCGGGCAACGAAAGCCGGAUACUGGAAAGCCACCGGAAAAGAUCGGACAGUGAAUUCUCAGACGAGGGCUAUAGGUACGAAGAAAACCUUAGUAUAUUACCGAGGAAGAGCACCUCAUGGAGCUAGAACUGAUUGGGUUAUGCAUGAAUAUCGUUUGGAUGAAAAAGAAUGUGAAGUUGCUAAUGGUUUGCAGGAUGCUUAUGCACUUUGCCGUAUAUUCAAGAAAAGUCUGAAUGCACCAAAAGUGGUUGAUCCUUAUUCUAGUGAUCAAUCCUCAAGUAUUGAUCUUUAUUCUGAUGGAAAAUGUGAUGAUAAUAUGGAGAGCUCUAAUUAUACAAGACCAACCCAAAGCUCUCCAUUGCAUGUAGCUCCAGCUGGUCCAACUGAUGAUGACAAAUGGAUUAAAUAUUUAUCAUCAGAUGAAGCUUUUAGUUUCAACAGUACUACUAAUCCAUCAAUUCCAAAUUAUGGAACAUUGCCAUAUGCACCACCCAAGGUAAAUAUAGCAUUAGAGUGCGCAAGGUUGCAGCACAGGUUUGUAUUACCACCAUUGGAGGUUCAAGAUUUCCCACAAGCUGACUAUGUUAAUUAUUCCACAAUAUUGCCUCAAUCAAGUUAUGAUAAUAUCCAUCAAAAUACAAAUCAAACAGAUAUAGUCCAAGAAAUGUUUUCAGUAGCUCAAGCUUCACACGAUCAUAUAAAUCAAGAUUCAUUGAUUGGAAAUUAUACUCAAACAGCUGAUGGUUUUUCCUUUCUUCCUCAUCAUGAUAAUCAAAUUCAUGACUUGGGUUCUUUCAAUUUUGAUGAAGAUAUUAAAUCUGAUAGAAUUGUAGAAAACUUGAGAUGGAUAGGAAUGUCGGACAUGGAUCUUGAGAAGGCAUUUCUUGAGGACUACAAGACGGUUACAAUAAAAAAUGUUUCAGGUGUCCUGAAAGAAGAGUACGAGAAUGAAGGAGAAACAAGCGGCCACAACAGCAGCUUCAAUGAAUUCAUCAACAAAACAGAAGACUUCUCAUCAGAAUUUGGCAAUGAUUUUGAAGUUUAUGAGAAGAUUGAAGUCAACCACAGGAUGUUUAUAGCUACACAACAAGCAGCCAAGACAUUCUAUCAUCAAGUUGUUCCUUCUACAACUCUCACAGUUCAUCAAAAUCUUGUUAAAUCCGACUUAAUAAAAAUACCUCAAAAUACAACUUUUUUUGAUUGUAUUUUGAGGAAAAAGCUAUUGAUCAUUAGGCCAUGGAAGAGAGCAGUAAGCACAUUGGUUGGUGUGAUUGCACUUUUACAUGCUUUUUGGAUAUAUUUCAGCUUAUGUUUAGAGAAUGAAGGAUCUAUAGAAGACAAUAUUGAAGGGAGUGAGAAGAAGAAGAUCAAGAAAGGUCAAGAUUGUCAAUGGAUUUGCAAAGCAAAGAAAUGGCCUUAUUUCACCCUUGUAUUAGCUCUUUCUACCAUUUGGUUGCACCAGAUUGUUCCUUCCUUUUGACCUUUUUUUAAAUUCUUUUUUCCCCUUAUCAUGGGAAUUUCUUCUAUGGCUAACCAUAAUUGUUGUUAGGGAAGCCCUAAUUACUUAGAGCCCCCUGAAUUUGAUGCCAAAGGUGUCUUGAUAUACAUAUAGUAUGCUCU